AUGAGCUGUAUCAUAAAGAAGAAAAAUAUUAUUUGGAUAUGGGGCGCUGUUCUACUUAAUAUGAAUUUAGUACACUUGCAAUUAAUAUCAAAUAUAAACACAACUGGACUUAUUAUUACAGCACCAAAUGCAGGCAUUGUUCUGUUACACAAGGGACAUUACAUACCAUCGGAUCAUGUUAUUUACAAUACCGCAAUGUUUCCAAUGACGACAAACACCUGUUAUCUGUUACCAAUUAGGGAAGCAAGAAAAAUUCCAGCCUGUAAGGAUUUUGCAAUACUCACUCGACAUAAACGCCUCAUAACAGAUAUUAUCACAAUUGGGACAUCAGCGCUCGCACUUGGAACUGCCACUGCAAGCAUGAUUCUGACAAAAAAUCUUGAGAAAAAAGUAAAUCAAUUCCAACACAACAUUAAAAUAAUUGCGGACCGCCUCGAACUUGGCGAAGCUCGUAUGAUUCAAUUUGAGAAAAACCAAAUGCAACUAGGAAUGAUCCUACAGCAAUCAGAAAAUCUACUCAAUUCAACAAUAAACCAAGUAAAUCAGCAUUCAUCAACGUUAGAGGCUUUUCAAAAACAGCUCAACGAUUAUCAGCAAAAUCUACUUACACUUCAACAUCGCGUUAUAGAAAAUAAUCAAGACACUGUACAUCGAUUCCUGUCUUUAGCGAUUCAUGAUAUUAUCAACAACAAACCAACAUUAGGAUUCUUGCACCCAUCCGAUUUGCAGUUAGUGAUUAAAACAAUACUACAAGAGAACAACGUCACAGUAUCGAACAUGGCUGAACAAAUUCCAAUGGUUGAACUGAUCACUAAGCUAAUUAUACGACAGCAAAUCGACUUUGUACCAGCAGAACUUUAUUCCGAUAUAAACAACAUCGAAAUCGGAAAAUUAACAUUUACCACAUUUUAUGCAAUGCCCAAUGACCAAAAACCUCAUUUCAACAUAUAUAAAGUGAUUACUGGCCCAUUCAUUCAUAACAACAAAGUGGUUCGAUUAGCACAAAUGCCAUCGUACAUUGGAAUUAAUCAAAAAAGCAACUCCAGUAUUACCUGGACCAGUGACGAUUUAUCAACAUGCACAUUCGACCAAAUAACGACUUGCCGAGAAACACCAGCCGAAAAACCUCUUGGAUUGGGAAACACGUGUCUUGAACAAAUUUUGGACGGAACAAAAUUAAUAAGCUGUCGUACAGAAGAAACAAAACUUGAUUUACCACACAUUCAACAAAUACAAAGCGGUCAAUGGCUAAUCUCAACCAACAAUACAUAUCUCCAUUGA